CUGGGACUUUCCUCUCAUCACAGUCCCUGAUCAGGGGAAGAGGUCAGCCCAGCCUUGGCAAGAAUGGAUAAAAACGGAGUGAAGACUCCCUUGUGGAAGAAGGAACUGGUAGAGCCGCAGGCCAGAGAGGCUGCGGCGGCGGAGGAAGAGGAGGAGGGGUUGGAGGAAGAGGAGGACGACGACAACGACGAGGAGGAGAGGUCGCGGGAGCAGACGGCGGCCGAGGGCGAGGCGCAGUGCCGGGAGGCGGAGGGCGGCGAGGGUCUUGAGCGGGGCUCCGUGUCCUACUGCCCGCUGCGCCAGGAGUCCAGCACCCAGCAGGUGGCGCUGCUGCGGCGCGCGGACAGCGGCUUCUGGGGCUGGCUCAGCCCCUUCGUGCUGCUCGGCGGCCUGGCGGCUCCGGCGGACAGGAAGCGGAGCCUCCCGGAGCUGCAGUGCGUGCUGGAGACGCGGCGCCGGCCGCCGCGCGCCGGGGGCUGUGCGCGCUGCGAGAUCCUUUUCUGCAAGAAGUGCAGGAACCUGCACAGCCACCCGGCCUACGUGGCGCACUGCCUUCUGGAACACCCGGAUCUGCGUGAGGCGCGGGCUUCGGGGGGCGCGGGGGCCGCCGGGGGCCCCUGA